AGCUAUAUUAAUGUUGUCGUUAAUUUUCGUCAAGAUAUUUCGAGUUAAACAAUUUUCUGAAAUAUGAGAAACAAAAACUGUUGCAACCGUUCUGUGACCGAGUGUACAUGUCAAACGUUCUACGCGCCGCACAAGAUGCGCUCGGAAGUUUGCAUAACAGUGUGAUAUUUGUAUCAUUGUGUUGUAAUAUUAUAAAAGCUUCAAAAUAUAUAUUUUACAGAGAAAUAUAUACACUUUUAGCAUGACGUUGAUUUUGCGAGCUUGUGUUUCCGCUCAAAAAAGAUUCCUUCACGAGGACUUCAGCAAUUUUGGACGUGUUCUAACCUAUGCCGCACAUAAUAAUUGCAAUGCUAAGCGAUUUCCUGUAGCUUGUAACGUGAGGCACUUUUCGACGAAAGAUCAGGAUGAGAAAGCCGCUAAAGGAAUAAGCGAGAUCUACUAUGGGAAUCUAACGAAACAAAUUUGGGGCCUCAAGAUUUUCUCGCUCGUAACAUCUGCCAGUGGCUUGUUCUCUCAGCCGUUUUUUUACACAAAAGCUAUGGAGAGUGGUAAUACGGGAGUUGUCAUAGGAAUAUUCGCAGCAGUCGGUUUCUUUGCCGUGUCUACUCCCAUAUUGUUGCACUUGGUGACGAAGAAAUAUGUAACGCAUAUAUACUACGAUGCGAACAAAGACAAGUACAUUGUGAACACCUACAGCUUAUUUGUUCGAAAGAAAGAGAUCGAAUUUACACCAGAAGAUGUAGUAGUGCCGGAUAUAACUGGUAUGUUCACAAAUUGCAUCAUAAAGGGUACUCCCCUAUUUUUGGCGCAGGAUUGUUUCUACAACUUUAGCCACUAUAUUAAAAUAAUGGGAUACGAUAAACCGAUAGAUUUUAAAUUAGGUGACAACAGUAACAGUGUGGACCGAACAGUCGCGACAGAUACAGAAUGUAAAAGUCAUACAAAUAAUAAAUAAUAAUUAGGA